AUGAUGGAUAUAGGCGUAGUUGGUUUGGGCGUAAUGGGUGAGAAUCUAAUUUUGAACUUUUCAGAUAAGGAUUAUUCAGUUGGUAUAUUUAAUCGGACAGUUGCGAAAACGAAGGUCUUUGUUGAGUCUUUACCUGCCGAAAGGAAGAUAAGAGGGUACAAUUCACUAGCUGAAUUAGUAGGAGAAUUGAAAAGACCUCGACGUAUCUUAUUGAUGGUGAAAGCUGGUCAGGCAGUGGAUGAUUUACUGCACGAACUAGAAGGAUUACUUAGUGCUGAAGAUACUGUGAUUGAUGGGGGUAAUUCUAAUUAUCGUGAUACUUUGCGGCGGUGUGAAGCAACUGAGGGUAAGUUCUUGUUUUUAGGAUGUGGUAUAUCUGGUGGGGAAGAAGGGGCUAGACAUGGACCGGCUAUUAUGCCUGGUGGGUGUCAGAAAGGCUGGGAGAGUGUAGGAGAGAUUUUACAAGCUGUAUCUGCUAAGACGGAGAAGGGUGAGCCUUGUUGUCAAUGGCUAGGACCACAAGGAAGUGGGCAUUUAGUUAAGACAGUCCAUAAUGGAAUUGAGUAUGCUGAAAUGCAGAUCAUUGCUGAUUUUUACCAGAUUAUGCGUCGACAUCACAAUCCGUUGGAAAUCUGUCAUUGUUUCCAGGAAUGGAAGUUAUCGGGGACAUCUGGGUUUUUAUUGGAGAUAACUCAGCAGAUUCUGGCUAUGCAAGAUGAGCAGGGGGUGGUGAUAGACCGGAUUUGGGAUACGGCAGAGCAGAAAGGAACUGGAGUAUGGACGGUGCAGGAAGCUUUGAGUUCUGGUUCGCCUACUCCAAUUAUAGGAGCAGCUGUAACAGCCCGAGUUAUUUCUAGUCAAAAAGCCCUACGUAUGAAACUAGCUGAGGUUUUACCUGGUGGGGGUGAUGUAACGACUAAGCCGUGUAUUAGUAAUGAAGAGAUGCGGAAAGCUUUCCUUUUAUGCCGGGCUUUGUCUUAUAUCCAGGGGUUCAACUUAAUCACUAGUAUUGCUAAGACACAAAACUGGCCUAUCUCAUUAGGCAUGUUAUGCCAGAUCUGGAGUAAUGGCUGCAUUAUUCGUAGUGAGUUUUUAUCUACCUUAGCUGAGAUGGCUAAAUUUGAAGUCUUGGAAGAAUCACCCGUGUUUAUCAAGAUAGCUAGUGAAGGCAUUCAAGCAUUGCGCCGUUUAGUUUCCUUCUGUGCCAUGCAAGGAGUUAGUGUGCCGUGUAUUUCCGAAUCUUUACAGUACUAUGACUCCUUACGUACAGCCAAGUCUUCUGGCAACUUAAUUCAAGCCAUGCGCGAUCUCUUUGGCGCACAUACUCUCCAGCUGGACGGCAAUCCUGAGCAUGUCCACCUUUCCUGGCAAUAA